AUGACCGCGAACCGUUUACCUCCUGUGAAUACGCAUUUUCACGAGCAUCGACAUGUCAGCCCUGCCCCUUCCCGUGACAACUCGGGAACGCAGUUUCUGCCAAAGAGAAGGGAUACAGAGAAGACAGCGUACUCAUCCCUUGAUGUAACCGAGCGGUCGUCAUUCAAAAGAAAUUUCUCAACACCAACACAGUUUCUACUCGACGCAACCAAAAGCUACUCCCUACUACAUGGGAUACUGGAAGACGAUGAGUCCCGGCGGAUAUUUUAUUUCAUGAUAUUGAACCUCUGCUUCAUGGUGGUCCAGUCAACAUAUGGUAUCCUCACGGGCUCUCUGGGGUUGAUCAGUGACAGUAUACAUAUGUUCUUCGACUGUGUAGCCUUGCUGGUCGGGGUGUGCGCCGCCGUCAUGAGCAAAUGGCCUCCCAGCCUCAAGUUUCCCUACGGCUACGGUAAGAUUGAUACCCUGGCAGGCUUAGGCAACGGCAUUUUCUUAAUGCUCAUCAGCAUUGAGAUUGUCUACGAGGCCAUUGAACGACUGUUCUCUGGUGCCGAUGUCUGCCGAACCGCGGAGCUGCUUGUGGUCAGCACCAUCGGUUUGUUUGUCAAUCUGGUCGGCAUUUUCGCUUUCCAUGGCGCACACGAUCACGGACAUGGACAUGGAGGACACAGCCAUGGGCAUUCUCAUCAUGACCACGACCACGACCAUGAGGACACGAAAGAUCACAGUCACCACGAAGCAGUAGGAACCCCCAUGACUGCUUCGGCUUCGCCAAUGAAACAUAGACGUGGUGCAGCAAGCGACCGCCAUCGUGGCGGAGAAAAUAUGCAAGGCAUCUACCUCCACAUCAUGGCCGACGCACUCGGCUCUUUGGCUGUUGUGGGAUCCACCCUCCUUGUCCGCUGGACCGGUUGGAGCGGGUUUGAUCCCCUAGCAUCAUGUAUCAUUGCGGUUCUCAUUUUUGCAUCUACCAUCCCUCUCGUCACCACAACGACAAAGAUCCUCCUUCUAUCCCUCAACUCAGACAUUGAAUACAACCUUCGAGACAUUCUCAGUGGCGUGGCCGAAAUUCGCGGCGUCGUAGGCUACACCGUUCCGAAAUUCUGGCUGGAAGAUAUCAAGAAAGAGCCCGGUCACCACCAUCACCAUGGCCAUUCCCAUACACACGAUGACCAUUCUCAUUCGCAUUCACACUCUCAUAAAAACAGUGAUGGUAAGAAGUGUGAUGGCGAAAAUGCCGACCCCACCGUGUUGGGUGUGAUCCACAUCAUUGCCUCAUCGAGUGCAGAUCUAGAGGACAUCAGGGAACGAGUCUCGACGUACUUGCGACGGCGGAAAAUGGAUGUCGUGAUUCAGGUGGAGAGGGAAGGAGAACAGCGGUGUUGGUGCGGCGGGGGCCAGAAGAGCGCGAAAGCGUGA